CAGCUCUCAGGGACACGGCAGGAUGAAGACAGUGGCCGCCCUCCUCCUGGUGGGGAUGCUCAUCCUCUGGGCAGAGCUGCCAACAGGCAGUGCCUGGUCCUGUCCCCCCGUCCGCUUCACCUGCGCCCUGCACAACCCGCGGAACCAGUGCCUCUUGGACCGGCACUGCCCCCGCGGCAAGAAGUGCUGCCGCUCCUUCUGUGGGAAGAAGUGCUUCUCCAGACCAUCUUCCAUCUCCUAUGUGUGAGCUCCAGCUUCCAGGAUAGACUGAGGGUCAUCUCAGCAUUCCCAUCCCACCUCAGCUCCAGGAUCCCUCUGUGACAGCUGCUGCACAGCGCUCUGUGCCACCUCCUUCCCUCUCCCUCUGUUCCCCCACUGCUCUUCUAACAAAUAAAAGAGGCUUUUCCCAGG